AUGACGGGCAUUCGACGAGGUAGCAGCUUUGCCGACACAACCAAGGUAGACAGGGUUCGUAAGGAGGUGUCCUCUGUUCAUUUCCCGGAAAACAGUAACGAUGACAAUGUGAGAAAAAACGCUCCAGCAAGGAGAAGCCAUCAUUCCCUAUUUAUCACUCAUUUCAUUUCAACGCUAAUCCAUUUGAUCUCAUCCGUAUUACUGUAUAUUUCAUGGCAUUCGGCUGAUUUCACCUGCGGAGAGACGUCGAUUUUCCUAACCAACUUACAAGCUAUUCUCAUUGGUAUUUAUGGACUAAUCUCCAUUGUAAAAGUGCUUCUUCUGACCAAACAUUUCUGCCAUUUACCGUUCCCCGCAAAGUACAUAACUGUAAUUUCAUCGCUUAUCGCAGGAAAACAAUUCAUCAUUGCCGUCAUAUGUGAGAUAUUUUUGGAGGCGUCGACAAUGGUGCCAAGAACUGGAUGUCCAGGGAUAAGAACAACGGUCCCCGUUCUGGCUUCUCGUGUCUUUUAUCUAUUAUCGAUUAUUAUCAACGCGUUCUUCUUCUCGAUAUCCGUGAAACUUCAUCCAUUCGACAACGAAGAAUGA